AUGAGCGACACACGCAAGGCAGCCCACCACGGCGAGGACAAGUGGGACGGCGACGACUACCUGAACCAGGAGGGCAUGCUCGAGGCCUCGGAAGCGAACACGCGCAACGUGCUUGCCGGCCUGAAAGCGGCGGGAUUCCCAGAGGACAAGCUGAAGAGCCUCAACUGUCUCGAGAUCGGCUCGGGACCUGGGGCCGUGACGCGCCACCUGCUGCCCCUCUUCGGCAGCGUGCACAGCAUCGACACGUCGCCCUCGAUGCUGAAGACGCUCUCAAAGCAGUCCUUCGCGCAGAGCGACAACCUGACCUGGUCCCUCCACGCGCUUGGCGCCGACACGGCUGCGGCGUUCAAGACGGCCCUCCCCUCGCCCAAGAAUGGCGAGGACAGCAGCGCGACCCCGCCAAGGGACCAGUUUGACGUGGCCAUCUCGACGCUGACGGUUCACCACGUCGACGACACGAAGAGCUUCUUCGCCGGCGCCAAGGCGCUCCUCAAGCCUGGCGGCGUGCUUGUCAUUUGCGAGUUUACCAAGGAUGCGGAAGGUAACGACGUCCUCGCGGCUCUGAGGGAGAAGUAUCCCGAGAUGGCCCAUGGACAUGCUGGUUCGGGACAGCACGACCAUGGCCACGACCACAAGAAGGAGACAAAGGGCCACGAGAUGCACGAGGGUAAGCAUGGCGGCGACUCUCAGUCCAAGGGCCACAUCCACGACCGCGGACACGCCCACGCCCACGGACACGCGCAUCACGACGACAAGGUCCAGAGCGUCAAUGCGCCUGGUCACUUCCACCCUUCCUUUGAGAUUGGAGACAUUAGGAAGAUGCUCCAGGAGGCUGGGUUUACGGACAUUGAGGGCGGAAACGGCGAGCCCGUCGUCAUCCCCAAGUUCAAGGAGGCCAUUCCGUGCAUUUGGGUGUUCGCGCGCAAGCCCGGAGAGGGUUGGAAGGGCGACUAA